AUGGAAGACGGCAAAAUCUACCGAGAACCCUCUCCUCGUGAAACACCUCGAAUCGAACUCUUCUUUGAUCUUCUCUUUGUCGCUAUCGCCCAUCAACUAGCCGACGCUGCUAUUGAGAAGCCCGGGGGCAAGUCUGUCGCAAGGUUUGUACUUACGUUCUGGCCUAGCUGGAGUAUAUGGGAAGAAGCCCGCAAGUUUUCAAACCAAAGCGGUACCGAUGAUCUCCUCCACCGCGUCUGGGUGUUGAUCGGUAUGAUGACCCUCAUCGGCUACUCUUCAAAUGCCUCCGCUAUCGAAAUUCAUCCCGAAGGCGAGGAAGAAGAGCUCGAUCAUUAG